AUGGCCAAACGAAAACAGACUCGAAAAUUUGCGGUCAUGAAGAAAACCCUUUCACUCACCGACUCUAGAAUGUGAGUUCCACCAACGCUCCUGACCUUUAUUAUCUUCCUAUUAGUAAAAAAGUAGAUAGGAAAAAGCUGAAGGACACCAAGAAGUCUACCUCAAACCAUCUGGUCAUAAAAAAUCGCAGUGAAUUGAUCUCCUGCCUGAAGGACUCGUACAACGAGGCCCUCGGUCCACCGUAUCACAUUCUUCUAGACACGAAUUACGUGAAUUUCACCAUAAAAAACCGUCUGGAUCUCUUUGGAUCUAUAAUGGACUGUCUCCUUGCAAAGUGUAAGUCAGCUGAGGUCCCUCUAAAGAUGCCACUAUGUGAACAGGUUUCCUCUAUGUGACGGACUGCGUGAUGGGUGAAAUCGAAAAAAUGCCAGAACGUUAUCGCGUAGCUCUCAAGUAAGCCUGCAGUCUCCUCUGGUGGAACACCUGCCCUCCUUCCUUUAUAGAAUCCUUCGUGAUCCCCGAAUAGAGCGCCUUACCUGCCAACACAAGGGGACAUACGCCGACGACUGUCUGGUUGAACGUUGCACCGCACGCUGCUACAUUGUCGCGACUUGCGAUCGUGAUCUGCGCAGACGUAUACGCAAAAUAACUGGAGUUCCAAUCAUGUACAUACACAACCAUCGCGUAACUGUUGAAAAGAUGCCAAUGGCACUCGGGGCACCAAAAAUAUAA